AUGACAGGAUCCAAGUCUCUCCUGGAAGACUAUGUCAAGAAAAUUGGUCCUGCAGUAACUUACGGAGACAAUGGAAAGGGGUUCACUAAAGGAUAUGGAAAUAUCAAGUGCAAUAACGUGGUUUUUCAAAACGUUUCAUAUGUAAAGGGUCUCAAACACAAUCUUAUCUCCAUCAACCAAUUGUGUGAUGCUGACUAUGAAGUUCACUUUACAAAGAAGGAAGGAAGAGUUGUCAACACUGACAAGAACAUCGUACUUUCAGCAAGUAGAAAAGAUGAUAUAUAUGUUCUUGAUAUGUUCUCAAGUGACAAGGCGCUGAUGCAAUGCUUCUUUACAAAGUCUCAAACCAAUCUCAGCUGGAUUUGGCACAAAAGGCAAUGCAUUGAAGAAUCCAUUCAUGUGAAGUUUGAUGAGGAAUCAUACACUGAUGAAAAAGUCACUCAUUCUUCCUCUAUUUUUCAAGAGCUUCUCUCUUGCCCAUAUGAUGAAGUUCCUCAUGCUGAAGAUGAAGCUACUAUUUCUGAUUCUAUCGUUCCAGUUCCAAGUUCCUUGAAUCCAGAUACUGCAGCCAGAUCAUCAAAUAAUUCAUCAGGUGCUGAUGAAACCCUUGAAGCUGAAGAUUCUCCUGCAACUGAUAACUUGUCAGUGUCAAAUUCAUUGGAAUCAGCAUCAGUUUCUGAACAUCGAUAUCACCCUGUCGAUCAAAUUAUUGGGAAUAUUCAUGAUGGUGUCCGAACCAGAUCUCGUGUAUCUAAUAAUAUUUUCAUGGUAAUCCCUGCCCCAAACUCUCCUCCUCUCCCAUUAUACAUCAAAGCCACCAACGUUGUUUUCAACCCUGAUAUUCCAGAUGUUCAUCGAGGUCUUGGACUCGAUGAUUUCGUUAAUUUCUUAGCCUCCUGCCAUCUCCGAUACGCCAUCAGUAACAUUCCAUCAGAAUUCUUCCCUGAACAAGUCUGUGAGUUCUACUACACUGCAACAGUCAAUGAUGAAAACAAUGUCAUCACCGGGACUAUUGGCCGUGGAAGACACUCAGUCUUUAUUACCGCUGAACUCCUCAGUGCUGCACUCAGGCUGGUGCUCGAUCAGCUCUUAUUCUGCGUCAACCAACAAGUCGUCUGCUCACUUCUUCUCAAUAAAAGACUUGAUUAUGGGGCUUUAUUCUUUGAUCAACUUGUUCAACUUCUUCGUGCGAAUGUAUGCGCUGAUCACAUUCCCUUCCCACGCUGGAUUGCUCUUGUGCUCGAUAAAUUUUUUGCUGCAGAUUACUUCUCACACCCUGGAAAUCCUAUCCAAUGCCCUCGCAUGUCAAUUCGAAUGUAUCAAGAUGAUCCAUUGGAAUCUGACAUCGGCAUCUCUGAUAGGAUGAGAGAAUGGAUUGCAAAUCCAUACACUGUUCCUUCACUUACCACUGAUACUGAUGAAGGAGCUAAUGGUAACCAUGCAGAUCAUGCCGGUCAAGAGGCUGAACCACAUGAUGGUGGUCAUUUCUCCCCUCAACUUUCUCAUCAUACGGUCUCUGUCACUGAGAAAGUUCACUCAACUCAAGAGGAACCACUGAUUCAGGGGGAGCAACCAUUUCAGGGGGAGCAUCCCUCCCAGGGGGAGAAUCUACCCCAGGGGGACCAACCUUCUCAGGGGAUGCAACCACACUCACAAGCAGCUCCAGGUACUUCAUUCCUUCAAAUUCCAGCCUCAACAUUUAAUGAACUUCUGACACUGACUCGGGACAUGAGUCAACGUCUUCUACGCAUUGAGGCUGAUGUUCACCAGCUAAAGGAAGUUCUCUUACAUACUCCUUCCUCUUGUCCCCAAACUGAUGAUGCUCAAAAAGGGGGAGAUACGGAUACUGAUGAUAAUACUGAUGAUAAUCCAAAAGAGAGAGACACUGAAUAUAUUGACAACACUUUAGUUCAGACUGAGUCACCAAAGCUGAUGCACGAGUCUAAUAGUCCAACAGAUACUGAAAAGCUUGUUGAAGAUAGUGAGCAUGAUGAUGAACAAGAUGAUAGUGAGCAUGAUGAUGAACAAGAUGAUGAAUGCCAGACAUGA